CCGAUAAAUAUUACUUUAUUUACUAAACACAGUUUCAAGAUGAACGCAACACCUGUUUUUAUCGGAAGAGAAGCCGUUGAAUGUUGUUUGAAAGAAAAAUGGGCUGAUUUAGUAUCUUUAAUAGAAAAUGCUUUGAAAUCAUAUUCGCAAGGAAAGGUCGUUCAACCAGUACGAAGUAUUGUGUCAGUAGAUAAACAUAAUGGACGCUUAUUGACAAUGCCAGCCUAUGAUGAAGAUUCAGACAGUUUAGCUACAAAAAUUGCUACUGUUUAUCCAGAUAACAAAAAGGAAUCGAUUCCAACAAUUCAAACUGUUAUUCUGUUAUACGAUGCCUCUCAUGGAACUUUAAAAGCAAUACUGUAUGCAGAAAUAAUAACAGAUAUGAGAACGGCUGCCGCUUCAAUGGUUGCAACAAAACAUCUGGCUCCAAAAAACGCCCAGCAUAUUAGUAUUCUUGGAGCAGGAUCUCAAGCUCGAAGCCAUUAUCAAGUUCUGAAGAACUUUGUGGACAUUAAAAAGGUUUCAGUGUGGAAUGUGAAUAAGGAGAGCGGAGAAAAAUUGGCUGAAGAAAUCAGAGCAAGUGGAAUACAGUGCGAAUAUUAUUCGAGUGUUGAGUAUGCAGUAAAAGAUGCCGACAUUAUUAAUGUUGUGACAAUGGCAACACAGCCCAUCCUGAUGAAGAAAUGGAUCAAGGAAGGAGCUCAUAUAAAUGCCGUGGGUGCACCGUUUCCGGAUUGGCAAGAACUUGAAGAAGAUCUGAUGCAUUCAUCUGUUGUGUAUGUUGACAGCUAUGAAGGGGCGAAGAAAGAAUCUGGAGACAUAAUCAAAUCCGGGGCAGAAAUUUAUGCAGAAAUUGGAGAAGUGGUUUCAGGCACUAAAAAAGCAUACCCAGAGAAAACAACGAUAUUCAAAUCUUUAGGUAUGGCAGUUGAAGAUGUUGUAGCAGCUGAAUUCGUUUAUAAAAUCUACUCUCAACUUCAAACAAUAUUUUGAAACACUCUGCCUUUCGUUUCCUUCAAAAUGAAUGUCUUAUGGUGUAAUUCAAAUUGAUUCAACUAAUGCAAUAAAAAUUCCAUCGCAAGGAAAAACUAUGACUAUUGAUUCAGUCAAUUCACUGCGAAUUCUAUCAGAAGACGAAAAGCUAUGACUACUGAUUCUGUCAAUCCAAUGCAAAUUCUGUCAGAAGACAAAAGGCUAUGACUACUGAUUCAAUCAAUUCAAUGCAAAAUCUAUCACAAGGCAAAAAACAAAAACAGCUAUGACUACUGAUUCAAUCAGUCUAAUGAAAAUUCGAUCACAAGCCAAAAUUUAUGGCUUGAUUCGAUCAAUCCAAUGAAAAUCCAAUCAUAUGUAAAAUAAAAUAUGACUGUUUUGUUUAAUACUUUUUAUAAUUAAGAAACCGGUUAGUGAAAUUCACCAUGUAUUACAAACAGAGUAAAUUUUAAAAAUAAGAAAAUAAAAUUUUGCAUGAAUAAAAAAUUGUAUUUUU